AUGACCAGACCUCGGGCAUCCUCUAGUCGCAUUUCGUCCCGGCUCGACCUUAUUGCUAUAAACUCUCUGACAGGCACUGGAUUAUGGCCUCAUACGGAUAUCGAAUUUCGGGGGGCUGCGUUUCCAAUUGGCGGUGAUGCAACGAUAGAUGGUCUUGUUACCAUACCGAAUAUUCUUCACGAAUUUAACGAUAAAUUAGCUGGUGUUUCACAUGGAAUGGGAACACGAAAUCAAUUACCUCCUCAUCAACUGAAUGUCGCUGAAGGUGGCGCCACUUCGUCGAGUAUGCCAGAGCAGGCUCGAGAACUCGUGCGACGGAUCAAAGGGCUUCGUGAAGUAGAUGCAACUAAAGAAUGGGCGAUGAUCAUCAUAACAAUCGGCACUGAAGAAAUAUGUACGCAGUGUGAACCACCCGAUUACGAAUCAUUGCUUGAGGCAAUUUCGAUUCUAAAUAAAGGGAUACGUAAAGCGUUUGUCGUUUUGUUGGGUCCAAUUCAUGUCUCUUCCUCAUAUCGACAACAAGCAAAUCUUCUUAAAUCAAGAUGUGGUUGCUCAAAGGAGCGAUCAGAUGAAUUUAUGAAAAGGUUGAGUAAACAGUGGGCAGACGCAUUCAAGCAACUUCAGUCGCUUUUUGAUUCACCACCUUUUAAGCGAAGAACUUUCGGUUUAUUAGCACUGCCGAUGUUAACAAUCACGUCACGUUAUCCAUAUUCACUAUUCAUUGCGAAUCGUCCGUUACUGAAUCGCAAAGGGCAUAUGUAUGCAACGAAAUGGCUUUGGAACAGACUCAUCACCGGACCAACGUACAAUCUGUCGUUGGCAGUGCUUUCACAAGAUGCAUAUUACUGUCCAGCAAUGGGCUGUCCAUAUUUUCGCAACCUUCAAAACCGUCAUUAUUGUCGUUUGCUGAGACACAUUGAUGUGGUUGAAAGUGGAGAAGAUGUGCUGCUUCAAACAGGUCCUUUAAGGCGUCGUUCGCAAAAGAAUCUUUAUGUGACCGCAAUCACUGUUGUUUUCAUUGCAUUUUGUACAGUUUGUUCAAUCGGUACGCUCUUCUACCACCUCAGUAAGCAAGUACGUUAUUUCAUCAUGUUAUCUUUUUUUAAUAACUUGAAAUUGGAUUUCCUCAAAUUUUCAACCGAAUAUAAUUUUGCUUAA